UUUUUUCCCCCUUAAUUUCUCACUUCUCCCUCAGAAAUGCAUGGACGAAAACUCUCCACGCUGUUGAAAUGAUUCUUUUUUCAUGAUGGAGUACAGGACUGAUUCGAAACAUGAAAAGCCAUGGUCAAAGUUCAGCAGAAGGAUGAGCAAUGACAGUCAAGACGCAUUUAGAAAUGUCCAACGAAAGCCAGGCCUGCAGAUAUGGACAAUCAACAACAUGCAGAUGGUGUCUGUUCCAGCCCAGGGCUUUGGUAACUUCUUUGAAGGGGACUGUUACAUCAUUCUCUAUGUAAGUCAGAACAAGGGCUCAGGCCAGUCAUCUGACAUCCACUACUGGAUCGGAAAAGCCUCCUCCCAGGAUGAGCAGGGUGCAGCAGCCAUUUUUGUCACCCAGCUGGACGAGCACUUGGGUGGGAGUCCGGUUCAGCACAGGGAGGUGCAGGGCAGCGAGUCGCCACGGUUUAGGAGCUACUUUAGAAACGGCCUCAUCUACAAGAAAGGGGGCGUGGCUUCAGGUUUUCAGCACGUUGACACAAACGCCUACAAUGUCCUGAGAUUGCUGCACGUCAAAGGGAGGAAGCAUGUCACUGCGUCAGAGGUGGAGGUGUCAUGGAACAGUUUUAACAAUGGAGACAUAUUCCUGCUGGAUAUGGGGAAAGCCAUUGUGCAGUGGAACGGCCCCAAGAGCAACAGGAGGGAGAAGCUCAAGGCAGUGUUAAUGGCUCAGGACAUCCGGGACAGGGAGAGAGGAGGUCGUGCUCAGAUCGGAGUGGUGGAGGGAGGAAAUGAGCACGACUCCCCUGAGCUCAUGAAGGUGAUGAUGGCGGUGCUGGGUCAGAGAAGUGGGUCGCUGAGGGAGGCCACUCCUGAUGAUCAACCUGACGGUGUGCAGAGGAACAUGGUCAGACUGUACCACGUUUAUGAAAAUAGCGGAAAUCUCGUGGUUCAAGAAGUGGCCACGCAGCCUCUGACACAAGACCUGCUGCACUCCUCUGACUGUUACAUUUUGGACCAAAGAGGCUCCAGUGUGAUGGUGUGGAAAGGCAACCAAGCCUCCAAGGAAGAGCGGCGAGAAGCUCUCAACAGGGCAGUGGGUUAUAUCAAAGCCAAGAACUACCCCUCCAGCACCAGCGUGGAGGUGAUGACAGAGGGCGGAGAGUCAGCCAUGUUCAAACACUUGUUUAAAUCCUGGAGAGAUAAAGGGCAAACUCAGGGUCUUGGUACCACCUACAGCGUGGGAAAGAUAGCAAAGGUAGAGCAGGUUAAGUUUGACGUAAUGCAACUCCACGCUCGUCCUGAACUGGCAGCAAAGCAGCGCAUGGUGGAUGACGCUUCUGGAGAUGUUAAGGUGUGGCGUAUAGAGGACUUGGAGCUGGCUGAAGUAAAUCCAAGUACAUAUGGACAGUUUUAUGGAGGAGACUGCUAUUUGGUGCUGUAUUCAUAUCAAAGAUCAUACCAGCAGCAGUACAUACUCUACAUGUGGCAGGGCCGUCACGCCACAAAAGACGAGAUCACAGCUUGUGCCUACCAGGCUGUAAACAUUGAUAACAAGUACAAUGGAGCUCCAGUCCAGGUCAGGGUGGUCAUGGGAAAGGAGUCUCGCCACUUUCUGGCUAUUUUCAAGGGGAAAUUCAUCAUCUAUGAGGGUGGCACAGGACGACCAGGUGUGGUCAACCCUUCCCGAAGUGCCAGGCUGUUCCAGGUGAGAGGGACUGAUGCGCUCAACACAAAGGCCACUGAAGUCCCUGCAAGGGCCUCGUCUCUCAACACCAACGAUGUUUUCCUGCUGAAGACUGACCACGUAUGCCAUCUGUGGUAUGGAAAGGGCUGCAGCGGGGAUGAGAGAGAGAUGGGGAGAGCCGUGUCUGAUGUGCUGUCCAGGCAGGACAAGCAGGUGGUGAUGGAGGGCCAGGAGCCAGCUCAAUUCUGGGUAGCUCUGGGAGGGAAAGCCCCCUAUGCCAGUGAAAAGAGACUGCAGAGGGAGGAGCCUGCUUACUGUCCAAGGCUGUUUGAGUGCUCCAAUCAGAGCGGUCAGUUUAGGAUGACCGAGGUGGAAGACUUCACCCAGAGCGACCUUGACGAGGAGGAUGUCAUGCUGCUGGACACCUGGGACGAGAUUUUCUUGUGGGUUGGAAUAUCAGCCAACCAGUACGAGACCAAGGAGGCGUGGAACAGCGCGCAGGACUACCUGAGAACCCACCCAGCAGACCGUGACCUUGACACACCCAUCAUUUUUAUCAAGCAGGGACACGAACCACUCACCUUCACUGGCUGGUUCAACGCAUGGGACCCACAUGAGUGGACCGGAGGAAACUCCUAUGAGGAGAUGAAAAAAAAGCUGGGCGAUGCAGAAUCAAUCUCACAGAUAACUGUAGAUCUGAACAACGCUAACCUUAAUAAGAGUCCUGUUGGGAUGAGUGGGGGUGGUUACAGGGCACCAGGAGGCCCAAUGAGCUCCCCUCCAAUGUACAGGUUCCAUGAUUUUUCCCCCAAAUCCCCCACUCCAUCCAGCCCAUCAUCUUUCCGUGGUGGUGGCACAGUAUCCCCCUCUGCUGGAGGCUCUGGGAUGUGUCUGAAGCCAGAGCUCCUCAUCAACAAGUCUCCCAGUGAGCUGCCGCAGGGAGUGGACCCCAGCCAGAGAGAGGACUUCCUGUCUGAUGUGGAUUUUCAGAACCUGCUGGGUACAAGUCGCUCAGACUUCCUCCGCCUGCCAAAGUGGAGGCAGAAUGACAUAAAGAAAAAAGCUGGAUUAUUCUGAGACAAACCGUGUCUAUUGGAUUACACAGUCUUUGAUAGACCUUACAAAAAAACCCCACAUUUAUAAAGCAAACUGAGUCAGCAUUUAUCUGGAUCAUUUUAUCAGAAUACUAUUUUUCUUUUACUUUUUAACAACUUAUUCCUACAACAACCAAGUUGGAGUGAUCAAGCAAGUUAAGAUGUUAUCUAGAUCUAGCUCAUCAUCAUGAAAGUCUUAAAAGUAAUCAUAACAAGUAAACAAAUUGCACUCAAAAUGAAAUAUUUUAAUAGAAAUACUUUGUAUUUAUCUGUCUUUUAAUUUAUUAUGCUGAUUGAAGCAUGAUUUUCUCUGCAUAAUAUUGUUA